AUGACGUCAGAGACUUCCGGAGAUGCAAACGAAGAGGAAAAAAUACAAGCAAUGUUCCAACAGUCCUCAGAGUUCUGGGAGAAAACACAGGAGCUAAUGGCAGCUGCUCCGUUUAGAAGAUAUAACCAAGGGCGACCUCAUGGACAUUGGAUACAGAACUGUCCGACAAAUGGAGACAAGUCAUUCGAUCAUAUGAAAGUAAGAAGAACAACAGGAAUUCCAAAGAGUUUUUUGCAGAAAGUCGAACAAGUUCCUGCCGGUAAAGGUGUACUUGUGACACAAGAUGGAAAUCUCGUAAUAGCACAAGCAAAUGAUGCUGCAUGGCAAAAGUUUCAUGCUAAACAGAAGGCAUACGUAACAUCUAAUGAAGUACUUGAAGAGACAGCUCCAAUCCCGGAGGAGCUUAAAUGUCAUAUGUGUUCGGGACUACUCAAAGAGGCUUCAAUGACACCUUGUUGCAAGGCUUCUUAUUGUGACGAAUGUAUUCGAAACGCGUUAAUAACUCCACAGCAAGAAUAUCAUUUCAAAUGUCCGAGUUGUGGGGCUCACUUGGUACCCGAUAACUUGUUACCAGACAAAAGAUCUCGUGCUGCUGUCGAAGAGCAUUUACGGGAAUGGGCACGAAGACUUAAUGAAAUAGCUAUUGCUAAGAAUGCAAGUGACGUAGAAGGAGCCGAAAAAGAAAAAGAGAUUAUCGAUAGCAUUGACAGAACGCAAACAGACGAAGACAAGGAUAUAACGGAACAGAAAAUCGAAUUGGAGGAUAAAGACGUCGCAACGCCAGCGAAAUCAGAAAUUUCAGAACAACAAGUGCAAUCAGAACAGUCGGAUCAAGCAUCGCAACCUUCCUCUCAACAAUCGCAGAUCCAACGACAAACACAAAAUAAAGAAAAAUCUUCUCAGGCCCAGUCUCACUCGCAACAGGCACAGCAGCAGCAACAAUCAGGCAAUAAGCAAUUCAGUGGUAAUAACACGGGAUCAGGAUUUAAUCAGUUUGGAUACUAUGACGACUAUAAUGGUUUCGGAUUUGACCAAGGACAAGGUUAUUGGUACGACGACUCCGGUUAUCCAGUAGCCAUGAACAUGCUAAACAAUCCCUACCACGAUCCAUCAAAUUAUUUCGACUCGACAGCUUUUUAUCCACCCGAACCCUUUAUUCAUCCGCAGUUUGUAACACCGUUCAGGCCGAUAUACGACGAGUACUGGGACGGUCCGAUGCCUCCUCCAGGAGCUUUUCGUGGAUCGUUUCCUGCUCGCGGUAUGGCUGGCCGAGGGCGUGCUAGAGGACGUGGAGGAUUUUUCGAUAGAGGGUUUGGGGCAGGGCGAGGGGGUAAUGCAUCUGGAGGAAUGGGAGGUAGUGGUGCUGGAAUAGAGGGUCGUAGAAGUGCGUCACCUAUGGGACGGUCUUCACCACACGAUAAUGACUCAAAAUACGACAAAGAGCGCAUCCAGGACGAUUUCCACCGAUCACAAAGACGGAAUCCGUCCUUCUCUCAUGGUUCCAACGACAAAGACUCUGUGCGUGAUCGUGCAUCUCCUACACCAGUAUCCGAGCGUAGUCGUCGUGAUAGAGAAUCGCGACGUGGGGACAGUUCGGAUGAAGAAGAUAAUGACAAUGUUUCCAUACGUUCCGGUCAUUCUUCCAGACGGUCUUUACAAAAUGAUGCGUCCAACAUAACCACCUCUCCGCUAUCAACAAGUCAUGACAUAUCCGCUCCACAAUCACCAACUAAAUCCCAUCGCUCUCGUGACAGACACCAUCGGCGACACCAUAGACAUCGUUCUCACCGAGAUGAAUCGCGAAAAAGUACUCGGGAUAGCAAUAAAGAGGGUGGGAGCAGGCACAGGUCUAGAUCAGAACACCGCGAUGAUAAGGACCGUCAUGACCGUGAGAGAAGUAGUAGUCAUAGGCGACGACAUCAUUCAAGCAGAAAGAGCAGUGGGGCAAGUGGAGAAGACACACGAAGACAGAAGUUCCAAGAGAACAAAGUAUUGAAUGAAUCAAAAGUGGUUAAAACUAAAUAA